GAAAGAUAAUUUUACCACGCGAAGAGGAGCAGUCAUCACCCGCUGAGGACCGCAGCACAACAUGAGGACUCUGACCAUCGCCCUCAGUCUGAUAACAGUUAUAGCCGAGACCCCAUCUGUGCCGCAAAAACCGAUUCCACUGAAGGCGUUUGAAGGGGGUGCGGUAAUGGUUGUGUGCCGAUCUGAAACGGGAAUGAAACCGAACUUCUUCUGCAAGGAUGGUGGAGGGCCAUGUGACUCUGUCGAGACUCCUCCUAAGAGCGGUAGCAGAUUAGUGCUGUGUGAUACGAUUAAAGGGCACUCCAACGUACUCCUGACGCACCUGACAGAGAACGAUUCUGGUGUAUAUCAGUGUGGAGUUGGGAAACAUCAACAUGGAUUAAAAAAUAUCACAUUCCGUUUGGAUGUGAAAAAAGAUCCGUCGUAUGGGAAAUCCAUCCAAAUCAAUGGCCACCCUGGUGAGAAUUCAACAGUCAGCUGCCAGUAUCCAGAUCAAAUGAAAAAAAACUUGAAGUACCUCUACAGAAGGUCUGAUUUGUCCAUCUGCUCGGAACUGAUCACAUCUGAGUCAGCCACAGAUGAGUCCAAGCCCAGCCCAUAUGUCAUGGUGGAUGAUAAAGAAGGGAGAUUUUUCAAUGUGACCAUCAGAAACAUGACCCUGGACGACACUGGGGAGUACUGGUGUGGCGUGGGAACUGGAACCAACACAGGCAGCAGGAACCUCCUGACAGUGGUGAAACUGCAUGUCAUUGGUAAGUGAACGCCUGUGUGUGUGUGUGUGUGACAGAUAGGGAG